AUGGCCGAACGGAUCCCUCCGGACGAGCAAUCGAAUUACGAGACUUUCAGGGACUGUCUGAGUGAGCCGAUUCUGAGAGCUUUAGCGGCACCCGUCGAGAACCCGAAGAAAAAGAGCAAGAAGAAGAGGGCUAGUAAGAGGGGGAAGAAUGGCGAAACCAGGUUAGAAGAGAUGGGUGCGGAUGGGAAGGCAGAUGGAGCGGACGGAGAGAGCGAGGAGAGCGCUGCCGAGGAUUUGGGGGAGUUCAUCGAUUACCUCUCGAGCAUCAUCUUCCCCAGCCUGCCAGAUGCCGUGCGAACGCUCAGCUACUCCAAGUUCAAAGACUCGCCGCACCUCCAGGAACGCUACUCCACGCCCCUAUCCGCCCCAUGCGCAACAGAGUCGCUCAACACCAUCCCACCACUAGCAAUCGACUCCCUCGAAAGCUACGCCCUCCUCCCACCCACCUCAGACCCCACAGACCAGCACAACUUCUUCACCCCCCUGCUCACCAGCUACAUCUCCGCCGCCACCUCGCCCCCACCUAUCUGGUCCACGACGCGUACCGCUGAAUGCGAGCUCUGCGGUCGCUCCUGGAUCCCGCUGACCUACCACCACUUGAUCCCGAAGAGCACGCAUGAGAGGGUGCGCAAGAGGGGCUGGCAUACGGAGGAUAGGCUGAAUAGUGUGGCGUGGCUUUGUAGGGCUUGUCAUAGCUUUGUGCAUCGGCUGGCGGGGAAUGAGGAGUUGGCGAAGGGGUACUAUUUGAUGGAGUUGAUUCGUGAGGGUGGCGUGGAGGGGGAGAAGAGGGAGGUGGUUGGGAAGUGGAUUCGAUGGGUUGGGGGCGUUAGGUGGAAGAGUCGGUAA